AUGUCUGCUCCCAAGACCUCAGUGGUGCUAGAGGCACACGAGGUCGACACCUUUCACGUUCCCAAGGCUUUCCACGACAAACACCCCGUGGGAACACACUUGAAGGAUCUCGAUGAGUACAAGACUCUCUACGAGGAAUCCAUUCGCAGCCCUGACACCUUCUGGGCCCGCCAGGCCCGCGAGCUGCUCACGUUCGAGAAGGACUUCAAGACCACUCACGUUGGCUCGUUCGAGCACGGCGACAAUGCCUGGUUCCCCGAGGGUCGUCUGAAUGCCUCAUACAAUUGUGUUGAUCGCCAUGCGCUCAAGAACCCUAACAAGGUCGCCAUCAUCUACGAGGGCGACGAGCCUGACGAGGGCCGCACCAUCACAUACGGCGAGCUCUUGCGCGAGGUGUCUCGUGUCGCCUGGGCUCUGAAGCAGCGCGGUGUGAAGAAGGGCGACACGGUCGCCAUCUACAUGCCUAUGAUUCCCGAGGCCGUCAUUGCCUUCUUAGCUUGCUCGCGUAUUGGUGCCGUGCACUCCGUCGUUUUCGCCGGGUUCUCCUCCGACUCUCUUCGGGAUCGUGUGAUUGACGCCGACUCCCGCUGUGUCAUCACCACUGAUGAGGGUAAACGUGGUGGAAAGGUCAUUGGUACUAAGCGCAUUGUCGAUGAGGCUCUUAAGCAGUGCCCCAAUGUGAACACCUGCCUGGUUUAUAAGCGCACCGGCGCUGAGAUUCCUUGGACUCAGGGUCGCGAUAUUUGGUGGCACGAGGAGGUCGAGAAGUAUCCUAAUUAUAUUGCACCGGAAUCAAUGAGUUCCGAGGAUCCUUUGUUCCUACUCUAUACCUCUGGUUCCACCGGGAAGCCUAAGGGUGUUAUGCAUACUACCGCUGGGUACCUUCUCGGUGCGGCUAUGACCGGAAAGUACGUCUUCGAUAUUCACGACGACGACCGCUACUUCUGCGGUGGUGACGUGGGUUGGAUUACCGGCCACACCUACGUUGUUACUCCCGCCUACCCCAACUUCUCGCGUUACUGGGACGUUAUCGACAAGUACGAAGUUACUCAAUUCUACGUUGCCCCCACGGCUCUGCGCCUAUUGAAGCGCGCUGGUGGUGAUCACAUUCACCACAAGAUGAAGUCUUUGCGUAUUCUGGGCUCAGUCGGUGAGCCUAUCGCAGCUGAAGUCUGGAAGUGGUACUUCGAGGCCGUUGGCAAGGGAGAAGCCCAUAUUUGCGACGUUAGUAUUCCCUUUCGUCUCGAAAAAAUUGAUCUAGUUCUAACAAGUGACUUGCAGACCUACUGGCAAACCGAGACUGGUUCUAACGUGAUCACCCCUCUCGGUGGUAUUACCCCGACUAAGCCCGGCAGUGCUUCUCUUCCGUUCUUCGGCAUUGAGCCUGCCAUCAUCGACCCCGUUUCCGGCGAGGAGAUUACUGGUAACGACGUUGAGGGUGUUUUGGCCUUCAAGCAGCCCUGGCCCAGUAUGGCACGCACCGUUUGGGGUGCCCACAAGCGCUACAUGGACACCUACUUGAACGUAUACAAGGGCUACUACUUCACGGGUGAUGGCGCUGGUCGCGAUCACGACGGCUACUACUGGAUCCGUGGCCGUGUUGACGACGUUGUUAAUGUGUCUGGCCACCGCCUCUCCACCGCUGAGAUCGAGGCUGCACUCCUCGAGCACUCCAUGGUCGCUGAGGCUGCUGUUGUCGGUAUCUCCGAUGAGCUGAGCGGUCAGGCUGUCAACGCCUUCGUCUCCCUCAAGGAGGGUAACGAGACCAGCGACCAGGUGCGCAAGGAUCUGGUCAUGCAGGUUCGCAAGUCAAUUGGUCCCUUUGCCGCUCCAAAGGCCGUCUUCGUCGUCGACGACCUCCCCCAAGACCCGCAGUGGAAAGAUCAUGCGCCGUAUCCUGCGCAAGAUUCUCAGCGGCGAGGAGGACAGCCUUGGUGA